GAUUUUUUUCUUUUAUUUUUUAUGUUGAAAAGAAAAGAGAUCAGGGUUUGUAGCUACUGUGGAAGCGCUCGCUCGCUCACUCCAUAUAAAAUCCCUCCGGAGUGAGAAAGAAAAAGGUAAGGAGGAGUUGGAAACAGAACAGACAAACAGCUAUCAGCAAAGCUUCUCGUCUCUUCUCCUUUUAUUUAGCGGUUUUGCUAAAUUACUGUAGUGGAAGUGAAUCGACCAAGAAGAUACCCUAGUUUUAAAUCAAUAGAUCGUGAUAUUGAAAACGGCUCAAUUCGAUUCGAUUCUCGAACCAUCUUCUCUAGAGGGAUUUUUGUUGCUGUCUCAAUUUUCAUGAGAUUGGAGUGACAUGGCAAGCUAUACAGGUAAAGGAGCCCCUUCUAAUGGGACAAUAUAUGUUAGUAAUUUACCUGAAGGGACUGAUGAUUCUAUGUUGGCUGAACAUUUUGGCACUAUUGGGUUGUUAAAGAAAGACAAGCGAACUGGUCGGCCUAAGAUAUGGCUGUACCGUGACAAAAUGACAAAUGAGCCGAAGGGUGACGCUACAGUUACUUAUGAGGACCCUCAUGCUGCUCUAGCUGCUGUUGAGUGGUUCAACAACAAGGAUUUUCAUGGUAAUACAAUUGGAGUAUUUAUAGCACAGUCUAAGAGCAAAGAUGACCAGGCGUUUAACCCUGUGGAUGAUCCAAAUGAUUCUGGCGUUCUUGAGGAAAAUGCCAAGGAUUUGAAUGAGGGCGGGGGAAGAGGUAGAGGACGGGGUGAUGCUUCAGGGAAAGCAUGGCAACAGGAGGGAGACUGGUUGUGUCCGAAUACAAGCAGUUGUUCCAAUGUAAAUUUUGCAUUUCGUGGUGUGUGCAACCUCUGUGGAAGUGCUCGACCUUCUGGUCCAUCUGGCGGUGCUGCUGGAGGUGGUGGUCGUGGGAGGGGCCGUGGUGCCAAUGACUCUGGGGCCCAUGGCCGGUCAGUUGGUGCCCCUACUGGACUUUUUGGCCCAAAUGACUGGCCUUGUCCAAUGUGUGGCAAUAUCAACUGGGCAAAACGCAUGAAGUGCAAUAUUUGCAACACCAAUAAACCCGGUCACAAUGAGGCUGGUGUGAGAGGAGGACGAGCUGGUGGUUAUAAAGAACUCGAUGAAGAAGAAUUAGAGGAAACUAAGCGACGACGAAAAGAAGCUGAAGAAGAUGAUGGAGAGUUGUAUGAUGAGUUUGGAAAUUUGAAGAAAAAAUUUCGGGCCAAAACUCAACAAGCUGAAGCUGGCAGGGUGCUUCUGGGUGCUGGGCGUGCAGGUUGGGAGGUUGAGGAAUUAGGUGCUGUUGAUAAACACGGGAGAGAGAGGAGCAGAGAAAGAGGGAGGGAUCAGGAUGAUAGGGAAAGCAGCAAGACUCGGGAGCAUGAUGAGAGGGACAGGCGCCUUAGUCGAAGUAGGGAGAGGGAUCGAGGAAGAGAUCGAGAUCGAGAUUAUGAGUAUGGUCGAGACAGAGAAUAUGGGCGGGACCGGCACCGGCACCGAUACUGAAGAUAGAAGCAAAGGUUCUCAGCUUUUGUCCUCAGUUGUUUUGGUUUCUUUUGAUGCGAAGGAUGCCAUUAGAUAUGAAGUUUGCUUUUACUGCCAUUUGAUAUGAAGCUUGGUUUGCUUGGCAUUUUUGUCCUUUCUCCUGCUAUGUAACUUUGUUGAGUUAUUCUCCCCACUGCAACCAUUGAUGGAACUAGGAACUGGGUCAUCCAAGCUCUUGGUGUUAAAUAUACUGGUUUGAAAUCGUUUCUAAUGUCAUCCAAAGUUAAAAUC